AUUUACAAACAUUUGUGACACAAAAUGGGUCAUUCUGAAGAGCUUAGUGACUGGUACUUUGACGGAUGCCACCUUUGCAAUAAGAUGGUUCAUGAAAUAUCAUCCCAGCUGGAUAUUCCUCAGUCAACUUCUUGCAGACAGAUCUACAGACCAUGGGGUUCAUGUCGGGCUGGAUGGAGGAACUUGUCCAACAGACCUGCUCCAGAUGUAUCCUCGGAUCAGUCAGGUGUGGGGGUCUCCUUUCCUCCCCUUCAGACGUUUUCAGAGGAGGAGAGUAUGAUGAGAGAAGCAGUUAAGAAAUAUGCACAAGAACGUAUUGCCCCAUUUGUUGCAAAGAUGGAUGAAAAUUCUACCAUGGAUGAAGAUGUCAUCAAGUCUCUCUUUGAACAAGGGCUUAUGGGAAUUGAGAUUGAUCCAGAAUACGGUGGCACUGGCUCAUCAUUCUUCUCCUCCAUUCUGGUCAUUGAGGAGCUGGCAAAGGUGGAUGCGUCUGUGGCUGUCCUCUGUGAUAUUCAGAACACUCUGAUCAACACCUUGUUUGUUAAACUGGGAACACCAGCUCAGAAAGAGCAGUAUCUCAGCCGUCUGUCAACUGACAUGGUUGGAAGCUUCUGCCUUUCUGAAGCAGAGUCAGGAAGUGAUGCUUUUGCUCUAAAGACACGUGCUGAAAAACAUAAAGACUAUUACGUUAUCAAUGGAUCCAAGAUGUGGAUCAGCAACGCAGAUCGUGCUGGUGUUUUCCUGGUCAUGGCAAACGUGGAUCCCUCUGCAGGAUACAGAGGCAUCACCUGCUUCAUUGUGGACCGAGACACGGAGGGUCUUGAGAUUUGCAAGAAGGAAAACAAACUUGGCCUGCGAGCUUCCUCUACCUGCCCGCUCAACUUUGAUAAUGUCAAGGUACCAGAGAAGAAUAUUUUGGGGCAGAUUGGUCAUGGAUACAAGUAUGCUAUUGGGAUGUUAAACGAGGGCAGGAUUGGAAUUGCAGCACAGAUGGUGGGGCUCGCACAAGGCUGUUUUGACCACACGGUUCCUUACACCAGACAGAGGGUGCAGUUUGGAAAACGAAUCUUUGACUUCCAGGGCAUGCAGCACCAAAUUGCACAUGUGGCAACACAACUUGAAGCUGCUCGCCUGCUCACGUACAACGCUGCCCGUCUGAAGGAAGCAGGGAGACCUUUCAUUAAGGAGGCCUGUAUGGCAAAAUAUUUCACUUCAGAGGUUGCAACCUUAACCACAUCUAAGUGCAUUGAAUGGAUGGGCGGAGUGGGCUUCACUAAAGACUACCCCAUAGAGAAAUACUACAGAGACUGUAAAAUUGGCACCAUUUAUGAAGGCACCACGAAUGUCCAGCUGUCCACUAUGGCUAAGUUCAUUGAUAAGGAGUACGACUACUGAAACCACUGACUGCACUCUGUGGUGUGACACUCCAUAAUAUUUUCUCCAUAUUACUUUGGUGGGAUACUCUGACUGUGGAUUGGCUUUUCUGUUCCUAGAGCUUUCUAGCAGUAUAAUGUUUGUCCUGAAUUUCCCUUACUCUUGCACUCUUGUAAGGUAGUUCACUACUAAUGUUACUGGUUUAUAGUUACAUUUCUUCAGCUUUUGGUUUAAAAUGUAUUCAGUUUAUUGAUUUUUUUUUUUUUUGUUGAAUUUAAUUUUUGAUUUGAGCUGAUCUUUCUGAGUUUUGAGUAAUUAAAGAGUAUUAGUUAUCUUUAGAGCUCUACAGCUUACCUUUUAUCAAGAUUUGUCCUCUUUUGCUUUUUUGUAAUGAAAGAUGUGGACAUAUUUCAAACUCGUGUUGCAAUGAGAUCAUCAGACAUUGAUUUUUUAUUUGAAUGUUUCAGUGCCUUCAGAAGGCUUUCUAUGCCAGAGAUCAAUAACUUUUGCUUUUAUUGUGCAGGAAAGUGGGCAAAUAUUACCAUUUUACUCAUUUCUGUACUCAAUAAUACUACAAUACAUCCAAUAGAUUUCCUUUUUUGAGGAAAAUAAGAGACUGAAAUAAUCCAUAGAGACUGAUCAGUCAUCAAUAAAUGUGAAUAAUGCUGUAGUGAAAAUAUCCACCUCUCCUUGCUUCAUUCAAAUAAUCACCUGCCUGUAGAGUAAUACCACUUUAAGCCACUAGAUGGCAGCAUUCUCCAUGGUGAUAGGUCACUCAGAGAGCAGUCUAUUAUCUCGUCUUUUAGCAGCCUGUCACCUCUAAUGAUAUUUGAUGUCAGUUUAAUUAUACUGGUGCUUCACAUGAAAAGAGGCUGCCGUGCAUAAUUGACUCACUGAUGAUUUUUUUUCUGGUAACAUUGAUUGAAUUACUCUGGACGACAUGUGCUGUGUAAAUGUGGCCCUUUGUUUAGAACACAGACAAGCUGUGUCCCAGUGUGCAGCGCAGAAAUAAGCAAUGAAUGUUCAUGCCGAGGAAAAGGAAGCAGAUAGAACUCACAGUGAUAAAAAUGUUUGUUUACAGGGUUGGGAAUCAUCAGAAAUAUGAAUACUCGUAUAAAGGUGACUGGCAGGAUUGAUACUUGAUAAAAAGACUUAGAUUGGUUUGUGGUAAAUUAAAAACUUUACAUUUGCACAGUUACAUCAAAUUAAUCAAUUUAAACAGAUUUUAUUUUACCAUAGAGAUGGUUGGAAGAAGGGUGGAAACCCCAAUCAAACACAACAAAGGUUCACUCAAGAGUGAAGAAAGCCCAAAAGAUAUGUUCAUUAAAGAAAAAAAAAUGUGAAAGAAAUAAGGAAGAAAAGAUUGGGCGAAAAAAACACAUUUUUGUACUGACACAAAUGCGUUAAGCAGUGUCCAGCCUCAUUUAAAUUUCAUUUAUGGAACAUAGGACUCUUAAAUAAAGUCAUGUCAUCAUUAAAAUCUACUGGGUAUUUAAUUAAUCAUUGCCACCUGCUGAUUUAAGAGAGAAUGAUCAUGUCCAAACUUACACUAUGUAAUGUCAAGUACUCUACCAUAAUGUAAACUUCUAUGGUGGUCCCAAAAUGUUUCUUUAUAUUACAAUAGCAAACAUCCAAAAAUAAAAAUGUAAAUCCUUAAUAUACAUAAACAAUAAAUAUUCUUGUUUUCC